UCCGAUGAGUGUCUGUCCCCCUUUGCGAAUGUGAGCGGCGAGAGGGCCUGGCACGCAGCAGGUGCGCUAAGUAGUGAACGCGUGGAGCCAGAGACCGACACGGAACGGGCGUGUCCAGCGCCCAGACCCUGACAGGAGGAAGGACCCGCGCCCAGCGGCCUCCCCAGGACCCCGCAGCGCCCCCCGCUUCCCUCUGCGGAGCCGGAAGCCGCCGGCUGGUCCCCUCCCCGCGGCGCCUGCAGCCUUAUCUCUGCGCCCCGAGGGCCCCGGGAGGAGCCGCGGGCGCACCGGGAGGGACGGGCGGCGGCAUGGGCCGGGGGCCCCGGGGUGCGGGCCCGCCUCGCCGCCUGCUGCCGCUGUUGCUGCUGCUCGGCCUGGCCCGCAGCGCCGCGGGAGCGCCGGGCGCCGACGGUUUAGAUGUCUGUGCCACUUGCCAUGAACAUGCCACAUGCCAGCAAAGGGAAGGGAAGAAGAUCUGUAUUUGCAACUAUGGAUUUGUGGGCAACGGGAGGACUCAGUGUGUUGAUAAAAAUGAGUGCCAGUUUGGAGCCACUGUUGUCUGUGGGAACCACACAUCUUGCCACAAUACCCCCGGGGGCUUCUAUUGCAUUUGCCUGGAAGGAUAUCGAGCCACAAACAACAACAAGACAUUCAUUCCCAACGAUGGCACCUUUUGUACAGACGUAGAUGAGUGUGAAGUUUCUGGCCUGUGCAGGCAUGGAGGGCAAUGCGUGAACACUCAUGGGAGCUUUGAAUGCUACUGUAUGGAUGGAUACUUGCCAAGGAAUGGACCUGAGCCUUUCCACCCAACCACUGAUACCACGUCAUGCGCAGAAAUAGACUGUGGUACCCCUCCUGAGGUUCCAAAUGGCUAUAUCAUAGGAAAUUAUACGUCUAGGCUGGGCAGCCAGGUUCGUUAUGCUUGCAGAGAAGGAUUUUUCAGUAUUCCAGAAGACACAGUUUCAAGCUGCACAGCCCUGGGCACAUGGGAGUCCCCAAAAUUACAUUGCCAAGAGAUCAACUGUGGCAACCCUCCAGAAAUGCGGCACGCCAUCUUGGUAGGAAAUCACAGCUCCAGCCUGGGCGGUGUGGCUCACUAUGUCUGUCAAGAGGGCUUUGAGAGCCCUGCAGGAAAGAUCACUUCUGUUUGCACAGAGAAAGGCACCUGGAGAGAAAGCACUUUAACAUGCACAGAAAUCCUGACAAAAAUUGAUGAUGUAUCAGUGUUUAAUGAUACCUGUGUGAGAUGGCACAUCAACUUAGGAAGAAUAAACCCCCAGGUCACAUAUGUGAUAUCCAUAAAAGGACAACGGUUGGACCCUGUGGAAUCAGUUCAUGAGGAGACAGUCAACUUGACCACAGACAGCAGGACCCCAGAAGUGUGCCUAGCCCUGUACCCAGGCACCAACUAUACCGUGAACAUCUCCACAGCACCUCCCAGGCGCUCUGUGCCAGCCGUCAUUGGUUUCCAGAUAGCUGAAGAUGAUCUCUUAGAAGAUGAUGGAAUAUUCAAUAUUUCAAUAUUUAAUGAAACUUGUUUGAAACUGAACAGGCAUUCUAGGAAAGUUGGAUCAGAACACAUGUACCAAUUUACCGUUCUGGGUCAGAGGUGGUAUCUGGAUAACUUUUGUCACGCAACAUCGUUUAACUUCACAACGUGGGAGCGAGCGCCUGUAGUGUGUUUGGAUCUGUACCCUUCGACUGAUUAUACGGUGAACGUGACCCUGCUGAGAUCUCCUAAGGCGCACUCGGUGCAAAUAACAAUAGCAACUCCCCCAGCAGUAAAACAGACCAUCAGUAACAUUUCAGGAUUUAAUGAAACCUGCUUGAGAUGGAGAAGCAUCAAGACAGCUGAUAUGGAGGAGAUGUAUUUAUUCCACAUUUGGGGCCAGAGAUGGUAUCAGAAGGAGUUUGCCCAGGAAAUGACCUUUAAUAUCAGUAGCAGCAGCCGAGAUCCCGAGGUAUGCUUGGACCUGCAUCCGGGUACUGACUACAAUGUCAGUCUCCGGGCUCUGUCUUCGGAACUUCCUGUGGUCAUCUCACUGACAACCCAGAUAACAGAGCCUCCCCUGCCAGAAGUAGAAUUUUUUACGGUGCACGGAGGACCCCUACCACGCCUCAGACUGAGGAAAGCCAAGGAGAAAAAUGGACCAAUCAGUUCAUAUCAGGUGUUAGUGCUUCCCUUGGCCUUCCAAAGCACAUUUUCUUGUGAUUCUGAAGCUGCUGCCUCCUUCUUUAGCAACACCUCUGAUGCUGAUGGAUACGUGGCUGCAGAACUACUGGCCAAAGAUGUUCCAGAUGAUGCCAUGGAGAUACUUAUAGGAGACAGGCUGUACUAUGGGGAAUAUUAUAAUGCACCUUUGAAAAGAGGGAAUGAUUACUGCAUUAUAUUACGAAUCACAAGUGAAUGGAAUAAGGUGAGAAGACACUCCUGUGCAGUUUGGGCUCAGGUGAAAGAAAUACCCUGUAACUGUAAUUUCCUGAGGCUGCGUCUCCACAGGGCCAACUCAGGGGACACACAGAUUCGUCACUCACACUGCUGCAGAUGGCGGGUGUUGGACUGGGCUCCAUGGCUGUUGUGGUCAUUCUUACAUUCCUCUCCUUCUCAGCGGUGUGAUGGCAGAUGGACACUGAGUGGGGAGGAUGCACUGCUGCUGGGGCAGGUGUUCUGGCAGCUUCUCAGGUGCCCACACAGAGGCCCCGUCUGACUUCCGUCCAGGGAGCAUGUGGGCCUGCAACUUUCUCCAUUCCCAGCUGGGCCCCCUUCCUGGAUUCAAGAUGGCGGCUGUCCCUGUUGAGUCCCCCAAAAGGAGACAACUCAGGAAUUCUGAGUCUUCCCUGCUACAGGACCAGUUCUGUGCAAUGAACUUGAGACUCCUGAUGUACAGUGUGAUAUUGACCAAAGGCUACAGAUCUGUGAAUCUUGGCUGGGACUUCCUCUGAGUGAUGCUUGAGGGUCAGCUCCUCCAGACAUUGACUGCAAGAAAAUCUCUGCAACCUCCUAUCUAAGCAUCUCUAUUAAUUCAUUCAGAAUCCAUUUUGAGAUAGGCUUAAGUUUGGGCUAGAGUUUGACUUUAUGAAGGAGGUCAUUGAAAAAGAGAACAAUGAUGUAGGCAAACGUUUCAAGCACUUUAGAAACAGUACUUUUCCUACAAUUAGUUGAUAUACUAAUGAGAAACUAUACUAGCCUGGCCAUGCCAAUAAGUUUCCUGCUGUGUCUGUUAGGCAGCAUUGCUUUGAUACAAUUCUUAUUGUCCUAUAUAUUCAAAAGUAAUGUCUACAUUCCAGUAAAAAUAUCCUGUAAUUAA